CUGUUGUCCAUGCUCGACUGGACAAAACGCCCCCCCCCCCCCCCUCUCUCUGCGAUUUAGACGGGAAAAAACCACGCGACGAGGUAGUUUUUCCACAGACAUUGCUCAGAAUUGAACUCGGCGAAGGAGGAUGACGGCGGUCUAUAAAGACGACCAGGAGGACUGGCUGACUGUGUGCCUCAAGUACCUGCUCUUCGUUUUCAACUUUCUCUUCUGGGUGGGUGGAGCAGCUGUUCUGGGUGUAGGGAUCUGGACGCUGGUGGAGAAGAGCGACUACUUGAGCCUGCUGGCCUCCAGCACCUUCGUCGUCUCGGCCUACAUCCUCAUCCUGGCCGGAGGCCUGGUGGUGGUCACGGGCUUCUUGGGCUGCUGCGCUGUCAUCCGGGAGCAGAGAAGCUGUCUGUCCACGUAUUUCUUCUGCCUGCUGCUGAUCUUCUUGAUCGAACUGGUGGCUGGCGUGCUGGCUUACGUUUACUACCAGAGGCUGAGUGAGGAGCUGAAACAGAAUCUAAACCAGACUAUGGCCGAUAACUACGCCCAGCCGGGGAGGGAGGCCAUCACACUGGCUGUGGAUAGACUGCAACAAGACUUCAAGUGCUGCGGCAGCAACAACUCCCGCGAUUGGACGGCGAGCGCGUACGUUUCCUCCGAGCAGGCGGGGGGCCGGGUGGUGCCCGACAGCUGCUGCAAGACCAUCACCCCUCGCUGCGGCAGGAGAGACCACCCCUCCAACAUCUACAAAGUGGAGGGCGGCUGCAUCACUAAGCUGGAGCAGUUUCUGGCCGACCACCUGCUGGUCAUUGGCUCCGUGGGGAUAGGCGUGGCUUGUCUGCAGCUGGCCGGGGCAGUCUUGACGGCCUGCUUUAUUUAUCUGCUCUAUAAAGAAGAGGAGGAGGAGGAGGACUGAUUUAGCGCUAGAGCGCCGGUGUGGUUUAAUCAACUGGAGGGACAAGGUCUGUGGGAUGGUGUUCACCAGCUGCUUGUACCGCAGGAUCAAAAUGGAACCUUACUGAGCACACACACGCGCGUCACACCAGGCCCCACGACGCGCCAUCAUUCGACUGGCAGAUGGAACGGUGACCCGCUGACGCUCGGACCGGCCCGAUCGAAGCCAAGCGCACAGACGCGUUCCCGGGUCACUUCGCCCCGCAGUCCCAAGCUAAUUGUGGCCUUUUACCAACUGAGCUGAUAUUCAUGUUACAAAGUACUUCAUUCCUGGGCUCAUGCAUUUCUUAUACGAGACUGUAAUCUAAGAACGCAUGCGGCGUUGCCUUGGCUUAGAUGCAUGUUUUAGUUAGAGCGGUACAAAAUAAAUGGACAUGCAUACAUACAUACACAUACUCAAAAUGCCUUCUACUCGGCUGAACCAACAAUGAUGCGGAUUGAUUUGUCAUCUUUUCACUGUGCAGAGAUUUAUAUGUAUAUUCCAGUUCUUGAGUAAGUUGAGCAGUGACACUGUUCUCAAUUUCUGUUCAUAUAUUUUGUUAACACAACGUGCCUCGUUAUGUAUAAAUUGCGUGCCUGAAAUCUUAAAGGGAGCUGACGAUGCUGUGAUAAACAACAGCAAAUGUAGAUUAUAAUCUUUGUAUUCGCAGGUGUGUGUUUACUCCUGAUAAUAGAAACACUGAAUAUUAAGGGCCAUGGUAGUUAUGAAUAAGAAGUGCAUGGCUUCAAACAUGAAGACAGUUUAAUAAGCGAAUGAGAAGAUUGGUUUGCUAGAUGCUUGAAUGUAUGUCUCCACCUAGUGGUUGGCACUGGUAGUAUUUAAGAUGUACACAAUUUCUGACCAAGCCUAAGACUUUUUAAUUGCAUUAAAAACAGCUCUUAACGCUUAAUGCGUGGUACUUAAGUUAAUUAUACAUACACAUUGCAUUAACAAACAUCACUUGGAUGGAUUUAAGAGUUUCAUCCUUCCCUAGAGACACUCAGCUGUCAGGACUCUGGUUUCACUGACAUAUUGAUUGUUGCCGCUGUCUGUUUGAUUCAUUAUAAAGUAACAGUAAUAUGCCGUCUGCAUAUAGGUGUUCAUAAGAUUCGGCUCUACAAUUAGACCGUGUGUCACUUCU